CGACGUUGCGCCCCGAUGGACGUCUCUGGAAAAAUCCAUCCAACAUGGCUGACCCUCGCAUGUGGGAGCUGGCAUAACGCAAAGUAACAUGCUCAGGUGGAAGAUUGGCAGUGGACCUCUUCUAAAUUCACAACAGUCCAGAAUCUGGAAGUGCAAGUGGAUGGUAUGGAUGGAAGGUGAGCCUGAAGUUUAACAUGGGGAAUUAUCGUACCAAGAUGGCCAGAUCUGGAUGUGUGGAGGUGUCGGUCAACACAGGAAAAAGGAGCAUGAACAAUCCUGACAAAGAGCACCCACACUCAAACAUAAAAAAGGCCAGACGAGCUGAAGUUAACUACCUUCCAAACUUACCCAGAGGAGAAAACCAGUGUAGUCUGGAAGAAAUGAGGAUACAAAUUGCACACGAAGUUGAGAAGAAUGAUAGAAACCUACAACUGAUCCAAAAGCUUAUGGAGAUGACAUUUGCUCUUCGUCGCCAGGAGAUUGUUCAGGAAAAUCCACUGGUGAAGGACUUCCUCCAGAAAUGGCCAGCUCUUCGAAUCGAAUCACAGGUUUGUGCUGAGUUUCAUCGCAUCACAAAUGUCAACCUCCGGAACCAGUUCUAUGCUGAGCUUGAUCUACACACACCACGAUUGGUGGCCUUGUACCGGCAGAAGACGACACGCACAGGCAAGAUAUCAGAGGCGCUGCGUGACAUCCUAAAGAUUUAUGAUCUCCAGCAAGUACAAGAUGUCAACAUAAAACGCACUGUAGCCCUUCGUGCCCUUCCGGUAUACCUGCGUGAGGAGGACCCACAUUUCUUCAAGACAUGGAAUAUGGAGGAGUCAGACGAGCCAGACAUCACUGGCACUCCUGUUGCUCUCGUCACAGUGGUCAAUGAGAGCACUGAAAGUCCAGUUCACUUCAGUCCUGCGAGCACUGCUAUUGUGGUGGAAGACGACCUUGUUAUCAGCAGCAUCCCCACGUUUGCUGAUGCCUUUGCAUUGCUGUUUGGGUUAAUGUAUGCCCUGCAUUUGGACUAUCCCAAGAAACUCAGCCACACUUUCACCUUCAUCCAGAAAAUUCUCAUGGGUCUUGAUGAUGGUAAGCCACUGAAACCCUGCAUACUCAGUCUCAAAAAUGACCUGUUAUUGAAACAGUAAGCCAAGUGACAAGUUGUAUGUAUACAGGUAUGCAAUGUACACUUGUGAUGCCAGAUAUUAUAACUUGAGAGUAUGUUCUUGAACAUGUUGCUGGAAGAUUUUAAUGAAACCGUUAUUAUGAACAUUUUUCCAGCCUUCUUUCUAAUUGUUAACAUUAGAGUUGUUACAUUUGUAUGAUGAUGUUGGGUAACAUGACCAGUAUGUUUAUGAUGUAAUUGGAAUUACAUCAGUCUUGCCUACCAGAUCUACCUCGGUUAGCUCAUGUUUACACAUUUAAUACAGCUUGUAUAGAAACUUGGUGAUCCUGAACCCUGAAGGAAUGUAAGAUAUGCCUAUUAUGAUUUCUUUUGUUUGUUUUAUUUUGUUUUUGUUUUUGGGUUGUCUGUCCCGUCCAUCUGUGUUCAGAGGUCAAACGUCAAGGUCACUAUUAUUAUUGUGGUCAUUGUUAUGUAUUUGAUGUGUAUUAUUUUCUUGUUAAAUACAUUUUAUUUAUUUUUUUAUCGUUAUUGUGGUCGUUAUUUGAUGUGUUUUAUUUUCUUAUUAA